ACAAUUUUUUUUGCAAUUUUCUUUUCGAUUUAAAUUUUUCUUUAACAAUUUUAUUUUUUGCAAAUUUUUCUUACAUCACUAUCAUCGCCACGCUGGAUUCGGUGUUGUUCACGUUUAUGGAGUUCUCUUUUUCCUCACGUACUCAAGCUCCUGGACGCAGUAGUUUCCCGGUUCCUUGUCUAUUCGUAGUUGCUAAUUUUUCGAUUUUCGAUUUUCGCGGCCUUACUUUUUAGUUUUCAGGCUUACUACGUUCGACGCGCGGCGGUCCCUGGUCGGGUACCAGUUAUGUCAACGCGGGUUGACUUAAACAAAAAAAUAUAUUUUUUGGGGAGCUAAAGGCUCCUUUAUUGAUUGAAUUCCAACUUAGAACUAACUUACAAAAAUAAUUAUUUCCUAAACCUAGCUUACGCUGCUGCCGCUUCUGCCGUUGGUUCUGCUGUUGUUUUGCUGACGGCGCGGUUCCCACCGAUCGCCGCAUUCCUUCUUGUUUGUAUGUUAGGUGUUCUAUUGCUGAUGAAGUUAGCUUGCCGUUUUGCUGAUGGCGCGGUUCCCACCUGCAUUCCUGUUUGUUUGUUAGGUGUUGAAUUUCUGAUGAAAUUAGUGAAUGCAGGUAUGUGCAACAGGGUGUCGUUUUGCACUUAGGAAUUUUGUUGUCAAACCUAAGUUUUGUGCAUGCGCCAUGCUAACAUAUAGUCCGCAAACCAAUGCAAGCGAACGUGUAAAUAGGUCCGUAAUAGCAGGAAUUAGGGCUUACCUCAAGAACGAUCAAUCGCAUUGGGAUAAGAAUAUUUCAGACAUUGCUGAGACCCUAAGAAGCGCACAUCACCAAACAAUAGAAUGUUCGCCCUACUUUGCCCUGUUUGGUCAGCAGAUGGUGACCCACGCGGAUGAGUAUGAAUUGCUUAGAAAACUUUCAUCAUUGGAUGACAACGUAAUUGAGAGGGUCGACCGUCUUAAAUUAAUACGCCAAUCGGUUACGGAAAGCUUCACCAAAACUUUCGAGAAGUCGUCAAAGAGAUACAAUCUACGCAGUACCAAAUAAGCGUUUCCAGGCCGGUGACAUCGUGUUCAGACGAAACUUCUCACUAAGCGAUGCUUCAAAGAAAUUUUUCUCGAAAUUCGCACCAAAAUUUAUCAAGGCCAGAGUCAUAUCCCUAAACCGAAACUGUAUGUAUGAGCUGGAGGAUACAAUAACGGGAAAAAGGGAGAUAUAUCACAUGAAAGACAUCCAACAUAGCAGCUACUAGAAGUACACCGCACCAACAUUCUAGGUGGCGGGUGUAUGUACCAUGGGUACUUGACAGCAAAUAAUUUGGACUACUUAAAGUUAUUAGCAAGUGAGAGAUUAACUUAACUUCAAUUUGCAAACUCUUAAUUUUUGUUUUUUGUGUUUUUGUCUUCAUGCGCAUUACAGUUGCGGUCAUAAAAUUAAUACCCCUUCGAGGAACACAAACAAAUAUUUUUUUGGUAUUUUUCUGGAAUUAAAAUAAUUUUUUUUCAUAUAUUUACAUAUAUGCAUUUAUAGUACAUAUGUGUGCAUGUAAGCACUACGCACACAGCAAGGAAGGCCUUCUUCGCUUCGUGGGACUGCGUUGCCGACAAAAGAAAAAUCACUUUCUCCUUCUUUCAGAUGAUACAAAACUAGAUGCAAAGAAUUUGGAAUAUCUCAAAUACGUUCCCGAUGAGGAUUGGAGAUCUUAUUUAGACUUCGGAAUCGAAUUUGUAAAUAAACAGAAGAGGCUUGAGGAAAAUCUGGUGAAGGCGCAUAUAUUUGUUCAAAAUGGCAGCAUAUCACACAUGCAGCUCUUGGAUGCCUUACCUAACGAAGAGGCCAGAAAAGACAAUGAUAUCGCUCGGAAACUGUUAGCAGCAAGUCUUUAUAUCCUAAAUAGUAAAUGUCUAUCCCAUGGCAUUGAAGGAGAGGAGUGCGAGAAGUUUUUGGCUAUGAAAACACUUCCAGCGAACUGCGAAUUAAUAAACGACUGCUUCAAAAUUAUAGAAAGCCGCCGUAAUGGACACAACUCAUUUCGAAGAUUAUUGCCCCGCUUUUACCAGGAUGGAAUUUAUGAGGUACUGAAUUCAUUUAAACAUUUUUAUAUAGAAGGAGUUCAUAAUAAAAUGGAAUAACCAACUAUAGAACUAAAUAAAAGCAGUGGUACUGGAGAGGGUUUUCGUGUUAAGC